GCACACGCAGCCUAGUACUGAGCCAUCCUUCAUGGCAAGCUGACGAGUGUUAACCACAAUAAUAAUUAUUUCAUAAAAAUAAUUAAUUAUUAUUAAAAAAAAGUACGCAAGUACUUUACUUGUAGUGAUAAUAAAAAAAAGGAAAUUGUGAAAGAAAAAAUUCGUAAGAAUGAGCUCCGCAACACAGAACGCAUCUUUAGCACAGACCCCGGUCACCCACGAGAAGAUGGAGAAAUGGGUGGACGCCCAGGUGAAGGGCGAGAAGGUGGACAUCGACGUCUAUGGGAAACCCACAGACAAGAUGCUGAAGGAACUGGAAAACGUCAGGAAUCUAAGCAAAGAGCUGCAGGAUAAUCUCCAUGAGUUAGAAAACUCAGUCCGCAUUGCUGAGGUGGAGAACCAAGCGAUGAACCCAACAGCUCAGAUCCUGGACUUCUCAGAAGACCACGAGUUCGUGCCUGACAAGAAGGACACUUACUACGCGGAAGAAGAUAAAUUGGACGCCAAAGAAGAAGAGAAGAAAAAGCUAACGAAGGGUAAAGGACCAAAAACAGAGAUCCAAGAGUUUUAUAAGGAUCAGUGUGUGUUUUUGACUGGGGGCACUGGAUUUUUGGGGAAAGUUUUAAUAGAAAAACUGAUUCGUUCCUGUGGUGACAUCAACACGAUUUAUGUUUUGGCAAGAAAUAAGAAAGGCAAGGAUCCCAGGGUUCGACUGCACGAGAUGAUGGAUGACUUUCUUUUCCAUAGAGCUCAUGAGGAGAAUCCAAAGGGAAUCCAUAAGGUGGUCCCGAUAUUAGGAGACAUGGAACUGCCGGGAUUAGGCAUCAACGAAGAAGAUAGGAAGAUGUUAGCCAGCAAGGUUACAAUAAUUAUAAAUGCUGCUGCAACGGUGAAGUUUGAUGAGAAACUGUCAGUUUCCACGGCUAUCAACGUGAAAGGUACUAAAGAGGUUCUGAAGUUGGCCAAGGAGUGCCGGAACCUGAAGGCAAUCACUCAUGUGUCCACUGCCUUCUCGAACACACAAGUCAAACACAUUGAAGAAAAAUUCUACGAGCCCCCAAUGUCGGUAGAAGCACUGGAAGCCAUUUCAGAAGUUGACGAGAAACUGGUAGAAAGCAUCUUGCCAACACUUCUAGGAACCCGUCCGAAUACCUAUUGCUUUACCAAAGCCGUAGCUGAAGAGGCUGUCAGGACUUAUGGAGAAGGACUACCCAUCUGCAUCGUCAGACCUUCCAUAGUUGUAUCUACUUAUGAGGAGCCUGUGCGAGGGUGGACUGACAGUGUGUACGGACCUACGGGACUUGUCAUCGGUAUUGGAACGGGGGUUCUUCGAACAAUGUACAUGGAUCAGGAGAAAGUAGCUGAUAUGGUGCCAGUGGAUCUCUGCGUCAAUGCCAUCCUCGCCUCAGCCUGGUAUACUGCCAGAAACUACAAGGAAAAUCAAACGUCACACAUCCCGAUCUAUAACUUCGUGUCUGGAGCACAAAACCCUCUGACUUGGGGAGAAUUUAUCGCGAGGAACCGCAAAUAUGGCAUCGAUAAACCAACUACGAAGGCUGUUUGGUACUACGGACUAAAUCCAACGAAUAACUACUACAUGUUCCUUUUCUACAACUUCUUCCUGCACUACCUGCCUGCUCUGAUGAUCGACACCUACUGCGCUGUCACCGGGAAGAGACGAGCAAUGCUGAAAUUAUACUCAAAAGUGAUGAAGUUGGCCAACAUUUUGUUUUACUUCUCGACACAAGAUUGGAAGUUUUCUGACAUGAAUGUGAGAAACAUGUGGAACUCCCUGUCUGACGCCGACCGCGUCGUGUUUCCGUUCAGUAUAGGCGAAAUGUCCUGGGAAUACAUGUGCGAAACUUUCCUAGUCGGUCUGCGAGUAUACCUCAUUAAAGACGAUCUUUCAACAUUGCCGGAAGCCCGGAAAAAGUGGAACAAACUAUUUUACCUGCACCAAGUUCUGAAAAUCAUCACACUGUCUCUAGUUCUAUACUUAACCUAUUUUGUGCUACAACCCAUAAUCGCUCUUGUAUUCAAUUGAAAUUACACGACGCUUUAGUUUGGUAUGCAAUUUGUUAUUUAUAAGCUUAACUUGAUACUGCGUUCUUUGGUCUAGACUAGAUGGAACUGAAGUAGCGUUUGUCAAAUUGUAAAUUUGGUAAGAGUGAUUACUUUAUGUUUAAGAAAUUAUUUUGUUUAUUUCUGUAAUGAUAUCAUCUGAUUUAUUUCGUUGCGGGAUCCAAGACAGUCAUUCAUGUCCCUGGGACGCGCCGGACUUCAAUGUUCCGGUGUUUUCAUGGUUGUAUCUACUGUAGAUACUGGUGUACAGGACUUGUAGUGGUUUUGCCGGUUUCCCAAAAAAAACAAUGUUUAAAUUAUGUUUGACAGUAAGCUAGAGGCAAUGGUUGGGCCAACACACCUAACACUACCUAAGUGCCAUCUGGUGGGCAAAAUAAAAACAGUAGCCCGUAUUGUAAAAUACGUCCAACGAAUUUUUAUUUAAACAUUUUUUGAAAGGAAAUUAGUAAUGAAAAUUAGUAUGAUUUUAUAAGUGUACUCUACCUAUUGAGCUAUACAAAAACCAGAAUAAACUGACCGUCGAAUGUGUUGAAAGAUCAUACAAAGCGAGACCAGGGGAAACUGGUUCAGUCAUGCUCAAUUUAAAAAUUUUGGUGCUUAGACAUAGAACUGAUAUUAAUUUAGCGAUAAUAUUGUUUUUUAUUGUUACUUUUACUAUUAGGUAUAUGGCUAUAGGCUCAGCCCUUAUUACAUGGGACUUAUAACACAAAUGGUGAAAUGUGGGUGUACAUUGUAUAGCGGCAUUACGUGCCGUAAUGUUCACCUCUGCCUACCCCUUCGGGGAUAAAAAGAAAUGUAGUCCGUCCAAAUGAAACCUGAAAGAUAUUUUUUAUUGUAUUCUUUUUACAUGUAAAAAAAUAUUAUAAAAUAGCGACCCGCCCCAGCUUCGCAUGGGUGCAAUAGUGAUAUAUUAUGCCUGUUAUAUACAUAUAAACCAUCCUCUUGAAUCACUCUAUCUAUUAAAAAAACUGCAUAAAAUCCGUUGUGUAGUUUAAAAGAUUUAAACAUCCAUAGCACACAUCCAUAGUACGCAUCUUACUUCCAGCUUAGCUGCCUCCGUUUCCACCAGUACUAAGCUAAGCUAUCUAAUGAAUAUGAUUGGUGGAAGCCUCGACUCGCCUCUACAUCUCCCCUCCACCUGUUAAGUCACUACUGUCAGACUUUAUGAGAUUGUAAAACCGGCUUAUAAUGUAUUUAUGUUUAUUAUUUAUAAUCAGUUUAUAAUGUAGGUAAGAAUAGUAAAUGUAAAAACUAUGUGAUUGGUUGAGAUUUAUAUUUGUUUAUACAAAAUUAUAUUAAGGAAAUAUUAA